UCAGUCGAGCAACGUAACUCGAACACAACGCACGCUCAGCAGCGCCCCACGCCGCGCCACAACUACAACAAAUUCCAAACCGGCAAAACGUUAAGCGUCAAAACGCGGCUCGUGCACGAACGCUUAUGUAAAGUGUAAUAUGGAAGCAUGUCUUCCACAGCCAGCUAUGUGCUAACGCUGUCAUCGUUCAAUUUAUUAUUUUUCACCCAAGUGCUAACGGUGCUUAGUAUCACCAUCAAGUACAACGAAUACGCAACGGACAAAGGCGGCAAUGUCAGCAUUCCGUGCAUAGCCCAGGGCAACAUAAUGUGGAUUAAGGAGCAUGGCAGUAAUAGCACUAUUAUACAGACGGGUCGUGUUCUGGUGCUGCGUAAUGUAAGCACUGCUGAUGGUGGCAUAUAUGUUUGCUUUGCAACGCUGCCACGCGCUGCUGCAACAACAACAACAACAACAGCAGCAACAAUAAUAACCACAGUGAUAGCAGCAACUACCUCAGCGCAGCAGGAGCAGCAGUUAGAGCAGCCUGAGCAAGUGUUGCAGCAGCCAGAGUUGAGCGAAGGCACGACGGCGGCGAAUCAGGCGGAGGAGCAGGAGCUGGCCUAUCAGGCAGUGCAGCGUGUUAAGCUAACGGUGCGCACUACGCCCGGUCCAGUCACGCAGCUGUACUUUAAGGCGUCGACCAUAUUGGGCUUUCUCAUUUGGCGCUUCAACAAGACGCAGUCGGGCGGCUAUCCGGUGCGCAGCUUUACGGCGGAAUUUCGCAACGUCUCGUACCGCACACCGCCGGCGAAUGCCAGCUACGAGCAUGCCUGGAUUCGCAUGGAUCCCAUUAACAUAGCACCCAAUGUGCGUCAAAUGGAAGUUUAUCGGCUGGCGCCCAACACGACAUAUGAGUUUCGCAUCUGGGCCAACAAUGAGCUGGGCAGCGGCGAGGUGGUGACCACCAAUGUGACAACAUUGCCGGAGACCAAGGAGGAGGAUCUCAUACGACUUAUAAAACCAGACUUAGAUAAUUUCGAUCCACGCAUUUGGAUAGUCGCCGUCAGCAUAGUGCUGGGAACACUUGUGAUAUUAGCCAUUGGACUAUGCAUUGUGCUCUCCAAAGAGUGCUACCAAUCAACGCAAAUGGAACUUCAAGAUGGUUGGGACAACAUUGAGCUUAUACCGAAUAUAAUCCUUAAUCCCGGUUUCAGUGAAUCCGACGAUCCCAAGAUCGAGCCAACAACCCAGGCCGCCUUCUCACGCACGAUCAUCUUUAGCCACACUGGACAGCAGCAGUUUGCCAAUCAGAAUCGCAAUCUCAAUCUCAGUCAUGGGCAUACGAUGCGCAAUGACGAUGACUAUGACGAUGAUGAGGAUGAGGACACUGACGUUGAGCCCACUAUGGAGAAGUUUAAGCGAAAAGUUUCGGUAUUCUUUACAGGUCCCACCAUCAAGCGUAUUUGAAAGUACAAAGCUCCAAACACAUACACACACAUAGAUACUCACUCUCACUCACACACAUACAAUGUUCAUUUGGGUUGUUGUGCACCAAGCAUUGAAUAUAUAUAUAUAUAUAUAUUUUGUUUAAGGUUAUGGUUUCAUUUGCCAUGAAACUCAUGUACUAGCUGCUAUUUAAGAUAUGCUUCGGAUAAGGUAAACGCUUUUACCAACUGAUACUAUUUUUGUAAGAAUUAAUUUCCAUGCGUUGCUCACAGAAAUCGAAUGCGAAUAGUAGUAGACAUGGCAGGCGGAGUUUAGUUAGAGGAAGCGACACGAAUUUCAAUAUGAUUUCAGAUAUGGUUGAACUUAUAUACAUAGUUAAUCUACUAUAACUAUAUUGUGCUACAAUUUUCAAUACUCUACGUAUGUGUGUUUUUUAUAUAAAGCCAAUGAAACAAAAAUCAUAAUAAUACUAAUAAUACUGACAAAUAUAUUGCUGUGAUAAAUAUUCAAUUGAAGGACAUUGUAAGGAUUUAUUAUAAAAAUAGCGAAAUCAAAUUGAGAGACAAGCCAGCCCAUAACAACAAAUUAUUUCAAACAAAUUGCUGAAAACUCAUGUAUUUUUUCUAGAUUUCAGUUCAAUAAGCCAGUCCAGUCCCCCUACCCCCCCCAAAGAGAAAAAUAAUCAAAGCAAAAAUAUACCAAUACUAACUACAAGAAAAUAAAACUAGUUUUGAAACGUUGCUUAGCGCUCUUGAAUUUAUUACAAAUAAAAUAAAACACACACAACAUGUUGAAUUGCUUAAAAAUUAAAACCAAAAAAACAAAAACUGUGAAUAUUUUGUAACUAAGCAACUAUUUUGCACUGUAGCGCGCACCAAAUGAAAAACGAUAACGUAUAAUUUAUAACAUAGAAAAACAAAAAACUGAU